GACUUAUCAUACAAUAGUAAUUAAAGUUAGAACUUAUGUUUUUCAUUUACAUUUUUUUGUUUUUAUUCAUUAUAUGAAUCUUAAAGCAAGCUUUUCUUUUUUUGUACAUACCUUAACGAUUGUUUGUCAUGGAAAUCCAAAAUAUUAUUAAUUCGAUGUCCACAAUCACCUCUACGAAGUGUUCUGGUGAUAUAUUUUGUGACAAUACCUUUAAAAGGGUUUUGGAUCUUAAUUCUGAUUCAUCUGACCAUGAAUAUAAAAAUCAAAGUCUUAGAUUUAUUAAUGUUAAGAAGACAAUUGAACUAUUGUCUUGUCUAAAAGAAUGUCUGUUAAAGCAUUCUGAUGAUUCUACUGAUAUAAUUUUAAGCGCCGUCCAUUGUGCUACAGUAUCAAAAUGCUUAAAUUCUGUUGUUAAUUAUGGCUUUAUUCCAUGUCUUAUACCAAGUAUAUGGAAAUCAUUUGAGAAUAACCAUAAACAUGUCCAAGUCAUCCAAAAAAUUUCACCUGAUACAGCAUAUGAAGAAUUAAAAUUUUAUGUGAAUUCAUUAUUUGAUUUGAUUAAAGAGCCUACAUUAAAAAGACUCAUAUUAGUGAAACAUACAAAUGUUUUACUUGCAGGAUUAUGUCAAUUAUCUUUACUACCCAUUGCAAAACCUGGUACAGCAAUUGCAACAGAAAGUACUAUAGAUGAAACAAAAUAUGAGCAAUUGAUAAAUGAACAGAAUACAUUUAAAAUCAUUCUCAAAAAUCUCAUUUUGAUAAACAGAGAUCCUUUAUUUAUUCGAGAAAUAAUAUUUGUUCUUGGUCAUAAGAAUUGCCAGAAACAUUUAAAGCUUGGUCUUAGAGAAUUAUUUUCAGAUUUAUUGAUACAGUCUAAUGGAAUUCAAACAUUUUUAAGAGUGGCAUGUGAUUUAAUUUCUGAAACUUCACAAAACUUUAACCACCAUGGUUUGCAAGAAUGGUCAAAUUUAAUUCAUAGUUAUUACUUAAAAUCAAAAGAAAAAUAUACUAAUUAUAUUGUUCCUCAGAUAUGGGAGUUAUUAAGAUCUAACAAAAAUUUCCAUCAACUUCAAUUUCGUAGUAUUGCUGUUUAUUGCAUUCAUUUAAUGUCAAAAGAAAAUUAUAAUGAUUUUCUAGCAUUCUAUAUAAGCCCAAUUGAACAGUUAAUGAAAAUAAGCAAAAUUCAAAAUGUGUCAAGAUGUAUAGAAGAUUUGCAUUCUCUUUUUUAUUUAUUCAAGAAUGAAAUUUGGUCUUUAAAUCCAAAGUUAUUGACACAUGUUGCUACAGCUAUAUAUAAUGUGUAUACAGCCACUGCUAAUGGUGUAUAUUAUUUGAAAUCUAAAUUAGAAGAUUUAGUUUUCUUAAUAUUAAUUUAUUUUUCUAGUUGUAAAGAUCAUUUAAAACUAAUUAUAUUUUCCCCAUACCAAAUUUCUGUAGAAUAUGAUGAUGAUGGUGGAAACAUACAAAUAAAAUAUGUUGAAAAAGAACAUCAGUUAAAUUUAGAAACUCAAGUUGAUUUAAUUUUAAAUUUAAUUGACAAUCGUGCAGACUCAAAAUUAAUGAAAACAAUUUUUAUAACUUUACUUGAUAUGUACACAGAUGUACCAUCAAAGGAAUAUUCUAUUAUGGAAACAUUAUUCAUUGUUAAAGCUAUUCAUCAUUUAAUUCAAAAAGAUGAUGUGCAAAAAUCAAUAUCUACUAAUCCAGAAAUAGUUUUAAAUCUCAUUAAGUCAAUACUAAAAGUUAUAAGUGAAAACAAUGUAAUUAAUGUCCAAGUCCUUUCUACUGCAUUGAUGGUACUUAGAUGUGUACUAGAAAACACUAAUAGAAUUUGUGAAUUUGACUGUUUCAUGGAUUCUCUUACAACAAUUUCCGAAAAUGUAGAGGAUGGCAUGUUAAAAGAUUUAAUUCUAGAAACACAAGAGAAAAUUAAACAAAUUAAUAAUAUUUGUACAAAACAACCAUCAGCUGUUCAACGUACAAUUGAUGACGUAUUAUUUGAUACUAGAGACCCAUUAUUACCUUGUAGAUCACAUGCAUUAAUUGAAUUAAAAAAAAUUAUAGACUCUGGUGACAAAAUGGUUCCUGCAAAGAAAACAGCAAUAUUAAUCGUGAUUCAAGAAAAUUUGAAAAAUACUGAUUCAUAUUUGUAUUUAAGCGCCAUAUUCACUUUAUCUUCUUUGUGUUCAUAUUUUCCAAAUGACAUUCUCCCAAUACUUUGUGAAGAGUUUAGUAUGCCAACAAAUUAUAACCAUUCACCGGAAACUAGAUUAAAAAUUGGUGAAGUUUUAAUGAAAACCAUAAAAUUAUUAAAUGAGACUAUUCCUUUGUAUAAAAAUCGAUUACUAAACACUUUUAUGGCUGGUGUCAGAGACAAUGACCAUUUAGUCAGAGCAUCAAGUCUUUCGAAUCUGGCUGACAUUUGUCGACUCUUGCGUUACAAUCUUGGAUCAAUUGUUUCUGAAAUUGUUAACUGUGCGGAUUAUGUACUGCGAUAUGAUCCAGCAAUUGAACCUCGUAGAGCAGCUGUUUUAUUAUUACAAAUGAUCAUUCAAGGAGCAGAUUCAGAACUACUCGAAAUUUUGACAGACAGUAUAAAAGAUAUCUAUCAUAUGCUCAAGUUCCAAUAUCAGUGCGACAAAGAUGAAACUAUCAAAUUACACGCUCAAGUGGCAAUUGAGAGAUUGAAUGAUAUAAUGAAAUCUUUAUUUUUGGAACCAAAAUAAAUAAUGUAUAAUUUCAGAUUGGUAUUUAUUUAUUUUAAUUACUAAACUGAAUAAAGUAAAUUUUUUAAAUUAA